UACGGUCGAGAUGUGAACAGAAAUGCACGUGUUAGAUUUUAAAUGUGUAGCAUUCAAUUCCGUCAAAGAAGCUAAAAUGGAACACAAUUUGUUGAUUAUUAUUGUAAUUGCCAACAAUCAACAAGAAUAGCAGCUGUGUCAACAAUAAUAAUCAGCUUUGAUGCUCUCUUAAAUUGUAAACAAACAACUUCCGUUUCCGUGGAUGUUCAUAGACCACAACAGGAAGGGCGCUUGAAGUCGUUGGUAGUGCGACUGUAUUCAGAAAGAGAAAUUGAACAUUUAUUCUCCGUCAACCACUACCACAAAGUUAAUACGCAACUUGAGCGGACAAGCCUUCAAGAGUCGUGUAAGUAAUAAAGAGAGAGCAGAUUUCUGCCAGGACGGCGACAUUAGGUACCUAAGGAAAAACCCGAUUAGUGACAAGAAAUUAUCUUCAAAGCGGGAAAACGAAAAAGGUUAUGGAGGAAAUGAGUCAGCGAAACCAACUCAUUUCAUGCACGAUAAUGAAAGAAGAAAUUAAGAAUUUCAGAGACGCUUUGACGUAUGCUCAGCAGAAACCAAAAUACGGAGACGAAUUACCUUUGGAAAAGAUAUUAAAGAAAUUUGCUCGCGUAGAGAAAGAACUUGAGAGUUUUAGAGAGAGAGUAAAUGAAGCCAAUGCGACGAAGUUCGACAUUCAGAAAAUGAAAGAUAAAAUGAUGGACGUGGAAGGAAAACACCGUAGGGAAAUUAGAAGAGCCCAGGAAACUAUAAACGGACUGAGUGAGGCUGUAGCAAGAAUCUCGGCUGAAAAUGAGAAGUUUAAGCAGCAAAUCGACAACCUUCUUGCCUCCCAUAAUGACGACGUCAUAGUUUACACACAUGAAGAAGCAGUGGGGCAUCUCAGUGCUGCAAACAACAACAACAUCAAGAAUAAACAGAAACGUGGUAAGACUGAUAGCCUGAAACCUCAGAAAGCCGAAGGUGGACAGGACAUUCGGGAGGACUGCACUGAUGACCGUGCUGAGGGCUACAGUGAGGAUCGGUCUGAGGGUCACAGUGAGGACUGUGCUGAGGGUCACAGUGAGGACUGUGCUGAGGCCUACAGUGAGGACUGUGCUGAGGGUCACAGUGAGGACUGUGCUGAGGCCUACAGUGAGGACUGUGCUGAGGGUCACAGUGAGGACUGUGCUGAGGGUCACAGUGAGGACUGUGCUGAGGGUCACAGUGAGGACUGUGCUGAGGGUCACAGUGAGGACUGUGCUGAGGGUCACAGUGAGGACUGUGCUGAGGGUCACAGUGAGGACUGUGCUGAGGGUCACAGUGAGGACUGUGCUGAGGGUCACAGUGAGGACUGUGCUGAGGGUCACAGUGAGGACUGUGCUGAGGCCUACAGUGAGGACUGUGCUGAGGGUCACAGUGAGGACUGUGCUGAGGCCUACAGUGAGGACUGUGCUGAGGGUCACAGUGAGGACUGUGCUGAGGCCUACAGUGAGGACUGUGCUGAGGGUCACAGUGAGGACUGUGCUGAGGCCUACAGUGAGGACUGUGCUGAGGGUCACAGUGAGGACUGUGCUGAGGGCUACAGUGAGGACCGUGCUGAGGCCUACAGUGAGGACUGUGCUGAGGGUCACAGUGAGGACUGUGCUGAGGGCUACAGUGAGGACCGGGCUGAGGCUUACAGUGAGGACCAUGCUGAGGGCUACAGUGAGGACUGUGCUGAGGGUCACAGUGAGGACUGUGCUGAGGGCCACAGUGAGGACUGUGCUGAGGCCUACAGUGAGGACUGUGCUGAGGGUCACAGUGAAGACUGUACUGAGGGCUACAGUGAGGACCGGGCUGAGGCUUACAGUGAGGACCAUGCUGAGGGCUACAGUGAGGACAGUGCUGAGGGUCACAGUGAGGACUGUGCUGAGUUCUACAGUGAGGACAGUGCUGAGUGCUACAGUGAAGACUGUACUGAGGGCUACAGUGAGGACCAUGCUGAGGGCUACAGUCAGGACCAUGCUGAGUGCUACAGUGAGGACUGUGCCGAGGGCUACAGUGAGGACCGGGCUGAGAGCUGCAGUGAGGACCAUACUGACAGCUGCAGUGAGGACUGGACCAGGGUCUUCAGUGAGGACUGUGCUGAGAGCUACAGUGAGGAGUCGGCUGAGAACUGCAGUGAGGAGUGGACCAGGGUCUUCAGUGAGGACUGGGCCAGGAUCUUCAAUGAGGACUGGGCUAUGAUCUUCAGUGAGGACUGGGCCAAAGAUCGCAGUGUGGACAGUGAAACGUAUCAUAAUGAGGACUGUGCCAAGGACUGCAGUGAGGAUUGUGCUGAAAACUGCAGUGAGGACUGUACUGAGAACUACUGUGAGAACUGUGUUGAAAACUGCAGUGAGGACUGGUCUGAGAACUGUUGUGAGGACUGUGAUGAGAACUGCUGUGAGGACUGUGCUGAGAACUGCUGUGAGAACUGUGCUGAAAACUGCAGUGAGGACUGUGCUGUAAACAGCAGUGAGGACUGGGCCGAGAACUGUUGUGACGACUGUGCUGAGAAAUGUAGAGAGGACUGGGCUAAGGACUGCUGUGAGGACUGUGCUGAGAGCACCUGUGAGGACUGGGAUGAAAACUGCAGUGAGGACUGUGCAGCGGACUGCAGUGAGGACUAUGCUGAGAGGUGCAGUGAGAACUGUUCUGAGAAAUGCAGUGAGGACUGGGCAGUGGACUGCAGUGAGAACUGGGUCAAGGCCAGCAUUGAGGACUGGGCCAAAGACUGUGGAGAGGACUUGGUCGAGGACGUUAGCGGCAAGAGCGCUGACAAAAAUGGACAAAACCGAGCAAGGAAUGUGCCUCUUGGAGAUGAACCACCAGCUCAUACCUGUAAACAGGCCAAAGUGCUUAAUUCCCCAGGUAUGUGACAAAACAUGUAUCAA